AUGGCCAACGGAAAUAUCAAGCCAACACAUUGGAGAGGCAUGCAUCUUAGGAUGAAGCCUCCGACGCAGGCCGAGACUAGAAGGCCUAGACCACUUGCCAUGGCAGUCAAGUGGCACCCCCCGGACCAACCAUGGAUCAAGGUCAACACGGAUGGUGCCUACGCGGACGCAACAAAAAAGGGAGGCGGAGGAUAUAUCCUUGCCGCUUUCUCGGCCCCUCUCGAAGCACAAUCAGCUUUGGAGGCCGAACUUUUGGCAAUUAUCCAUGGCACUAACCUGGCCAAGGAAUUUGGGCGGCCAAUUUGGGUCGAAGCGGAUGCAGAACAAGUGGUCAAGCUCAUUAAUAGCACUUCAUGGGGGCCUGCACACACCCGCCGAGCCAUGACGCGCAUUGGCAUCCUCAUGCGCCAACACACCAUCCGAACCACAUUCAUCCAUAGGGAAGGAAACAAAGCAGCCGAUUACCUAGCCAAAUUGGGUCUUGACCGAACCAUCUUCUGCCGCAUGUCUGCAGAAACAGCCCCAAGAAUGCUCAAAGCCAUUGCCCGUAUGGACGAGAUGGGAAUACCCAACAUCCGGGUGCACGAUGAAGACCGAGAGUAG